AGGGUGCCCCUACAAAUCCUGGGGGCUGGGGUGGGUCAGAGCAUCUUUGGGUGGUGGAGUGGAGAGGAGGCGACCCAUAGCAGAGGAGUCCCAGUGACCAGCAACCAUGACGGACCAGCAGGCUGAGGCCCGGUCCUACCUCAGCGAGGAGAUGAUCGCUGAGUUCAAGGCCGCCUUUGACAUGUUUGAUGCUGAUGGUGGUGGGGACAUCAGCGUCAAGGAGCUGGGCACCGUCAUGAGGAUGCUGGGGCAGACACCCACCAAAGAGGAGCUGGAUGCCAUCAUCGAGGAGGUGGACGAGGACGGCAGCGGUACCAUCGACUUCGAGGAGUUCUUGGUCAUGAUGGUGCGCCAGAUGAAGGAGGACGCGAAAGGCAAGAGCGAGGAGGAGCUGGCCGAGUGCUUCCGCAUCUUCGACAGGAACGCGGAUGGCUACAUCGAUGCCGAGGAGCUGGCGGAGAUUUUCAGGGCGUCCGGGGAGCACGUGACAGACGAGGAGAUCGAAUCCUUGAUGAAGGACGGGGACAAGAACAACGACGGCCGCAUCGACUUCGACGAGUUCCUGAAGAUGAUGGAGGGCGUGCAGUAAGGAGUGGGCCGUCGCCUGCACCGGUCCCCUGCCCCACCAGGGAGGCACGGCGCCUUCUGGCCCUGUCUGCAAGGAAUAAAAGCAAAUAUUGCAAAACUCGUGAA